AUGUUAAUUAUCUGGCAACAAGCUUACUUUUCAAAAAGCACGUUUAAAAAAACUAAACGGUAAAUACUAAUAAAAAGUAUAAACAGAAGAAGUAUUUCUGAAGCAUUAAGAAUUCGAGAUUAAAUGGAUUUUUCAAAAAAUAAGUACGAAGAUAUUCGAAUUUCCGUGCCUUGGGGACAUAUUUCUGGUCGUUGGUAUGGCAACAGAAAUCGACGUCCAAUAUUAGCACUGCAUGGUUGGAUGGAUAACUUAGGUACUUGGGAUUUAUUAAUACCACAUUUACCGAAACACAUUGGUAUUCUUGCCAUUGACUUUCCUGGACAUGGACAAUCAUCGCACUAUCCUCAGGGAAUGCAAUAUCAUGUGAUAGAAUAUGUUACUGUUGUUAUGCAUAUUAUAAAAAAAUAUAAUUGGAAAAAAGUUUCAUUAAUGGGACAUUCAAUGGGCUGUGUUGUAAUAUACAUAUAUACGGCAUUAUAUCCAUCAACUGUGGAUUUAAUAGUUAACUUUGACGUAGUGAAACAGGCUUUUCGGAAAGCUGAUAGUGAAAUUAAACGUCUUCAAGGUAGUUUAAUACAGCGGUCAAAUGAUAUAACUGAAUUGGAAAAUAAAAGCGAACCAAAAUCUUAUGAGUAUAAAACUUUAGAAUACAUAAUUCAUAAAGGAUCUGGUUAUUCCGUGGAUGUUAAUAAUUCCAAAUAUCUUCUAUGUCGAAGCAUUGAAAAGUGUACACAGGCAUAUCGAGAGUUUAAUGUUAUCAAAAAACUGGGCAUUCCUUUAAAGUUGAGGGACUUGUUUUUGGAGCAAAUCACUGUAUGCAGUCUUUUUGGCUAUGAGGAGUUUUUAAAUUGGCGCAAUGUUGGGCUUUUGAUGUCCUGGAAAACGGACAACAAUGGCUGCGGUUGUCUAACAGAGCCGGAAAGUCUAACAGGCAGCUGUGACUGCAAUGACCACUUGAUUAAUUUAGCACUUGUUUACUACAUCAAUGCUUUAUUGCUUUUGUAAAAUCACAAAAAUAUACAAACAAUAAUAAUAUUCAUAACUAACUAAACAUAUGGAUGAAUAAAGUUUUCA